CUCUAUACAGUGAAUCGUUACAAAUACCCACGUGAAACUUCCAGCAACUUUCUCCCAAUUUUCCAUAAACUAAUUCUAUUGAGCCGCCCGCGCACAUUAUUGUUUUAUUGGUUGAAAGCUCAACUAAAAACGGUAAUUAAUGUCAGUUGCUUGUGGAGUUGAGUGUGUUUUGGUUGUUGGUUGUCUCCGUUGGGCAUGGAAGCGCUGCACCUACAUCGGCAAUGACGACAGUGCCACGUGGCCGGAAGCAACUUACGAAGAAUUCGAACCAGUUCCACGUCUUUGCCGUACAAUUCUAGCUGUGUACGAACCAAAUCUCCAUAAACCCAAAUUCCCGCCGCCGGGAGGGUACCGGUUAAACCCGGAUUGGGUGAUAAAACGGGUCACUUAUGAACAAACCUCGGGUCGGGCGCCGCCGUAUUUGAUCUACUGUGAUCAUGAUCACCGGGAGAUUGUGCUUGCUAUUCGAGGCUUAAAUUUACUUAAUGAAAGUGAUUACAAAGUAUUGUUGGAUAAUAGAUUGGGGAAACAGAUGUUUGAUGGAGGAUAUGUACAUCAUGGGUUGUUGAAAUCUGCUAUUUGGGUUUUGAAUAAUGAGUCUGAGACUUUGAGUAAGCUAUGGAUUGACAAUGGAAGGAGCUACAAAAUGAUAUUUGCAGGGCAUUCUUUGGGUUCUGGUGUGGCGUCGUUGCUCACAAUAAUUGUGGUGAAUCAUAAAGAUAGGUUAGGGGGGAUUCCAAGGAAUCUUGUUAGGUGUUAUGCAGUUGCACCAGCAAGAUGUAUGUCACUCAACUUGGCUGUUAAGUAUGCUGAUGUAAUACACUCAGUCAUAUUGCAGGAUGAUUUCCUGCCAAGAACAGCCACACCACUUGAAGAUGUAUUUAAGUCCAUCUUCUGUUUACCCUGCCUGAUAUUUUUGAUAUGCUUGAGAGAUACCUUCAUCCCUGAGGGCAGAAAACUUCGAGAUCCAAGAAGACUUUAUGCGCCUGGCCGAAUGUAUCACAUUGUAGAAAGAAGAUUUUGCAGAUGUGGGAGGUACCCUCCAGAUGUUAGAACUGCAAUCCCAGUUGAUGGAAGAUUUGAACAUAUUGUGUUGUCAUGCAAUGCUACAUCUGAUCAUGGAAUCAUUUGGAUAGAAAAAGAAUCUGAAAAGGCAUUUGCAAGACUUAAGGAGGCUAGUGCAGCGGAGACUGCCACUACUCCCCCUAAAGUGCAGAAAUUUGAAAGACUGAAGACCUUAGAAAAAGAACACAAGGAUGCACUCGAAAGAGCCGUCAGUUUAAAUAUACCACACGCUGUGGGCGUAGAGGAAGAGGAAUCAUCAACACAAAAAGAGGAAGAACCCAUGGAGGAUAUAACUUUGGAGGCAUCUCAAAAACAUGACGAAGAUGCAUCCACAAGCAAAGCCCGGGGAAGUGAUGGAAGAACUAACUGGAAUGAAGUAGUUGAAAAGCUUUUCAAUAGAGAAGAAUCUGGGGAAUUACGAUUAAAGAGAGAAGCAACUGGUCCCGAGUAGCAAAUCUGUUCCAAGGUGAUUUUUCUCUCUUUUAUCUAUGAUUGCUGUAUGUUUGAUAAAAGCAUUAGUCAUGUUCCAACAACUCAUAAUUCUUUUGUAUCUGUAUAGCCUUGUAAAAUUUCUUGUUGUUGUACGCCAGCCACCGUUAAUGUAAAAUCUGCAGUCAAAAGUACGGUUGCAGUUGCAAAUUGUUUUGUGCUAUAGUUCCUUGUAGAAUCAUGUUCAUGAACUCAUAAUGUUCAUUUGGUUUUCUGAUACUUAUCCUCUCAA